UUCUGUAUCACUGCAGCAUCAGCACAGAGAGGCCACAAUCAAUUUGAAAGGGAGGAAGAAUCGCAAAACCUCUACAUCAGGGAGGAGGGGGAGGAAAAACCCCACAGAGCGCUGUAGCCUUCGUAAACCUGUGGAGUAAGACGACAGCGGGAGGGCGUGGAUCUGUGAGAGAGAGAGAGAGAGAGAGAGACUCAACGAGGAAGAGACGAGCUGAGGGGAAGCACAGCCAGCACUGGAGGAGCAGAAGGAUCAGAGGAAGAGACUGAGUGAGUGUGAGAGAGGAGGAAGAGAGCCGCCCGUCCCCGUGUGGGCCCGCCGGAGUCAUCCUCACAGUGUGCUCGAGUCCGUGAGCAGGUGCAGCUUUGAUGGAACAGUGAGCAAUGCCUUCUACGUCACGACAGCAGGUUGUCAGCAGGGGGCGCCACGCGCUUCCCCCACUCCCUCUCCUCCGGGUUCUCCUCUUCCUGGUGCUCACUCCAAUGCCAGGCCAGGCUGUCAUCCACAUUCCAGACAACUACCGUACAAAAGAACUCAAGAAGCCCCCAGUGAUCACUGCCCAACCAGUGUCCAUCACUGCCUUCUCCUCGGAUGACAUCAUUAUGACCUGUGAGGCGACUGGCAAUCCCCCUCCCACAUUCCGAUGGAUGAAAGAUGGAGUGCAGUUUGACCCGUCCGCAGUGUCGAUGUCCCCUGACUCCGGGAGCUUUGUAGCCAAGGACGGCCCCAUCCACCAGCUCCACGGCAACUACAGCUGCUACGCCUCCAACGUCCUGGGCACGGCCGUGUCCAGCGAGGUCCGCAUCGUCACCGAGGACACUCCUGCCAUCCAGAAGGAGAAGAAGGAGAAGAAGAUGGUGGAGGAGGGAAGCCCAGUGGUCCUGCACUGCAACCCUCCGCAGAGCUCUGUCACCCCCGUCAUCCACUGGAUGGACAGGAGGCUCCGGCACAUCCAGCAGAGCGAGCGCGUGAUCCAGGGACGCGACGGCAACCUUUACUUCUCCCACGUGAUCCCGGAGGACAGUCGGAGCGACUACACGUGCAACGUCCAGUUCCUGGGCGCCCGCAUCAUCGUCGUCAAAGAGGCCAUCAGCCUCAAUGUUGUGGCCUCUAACGCAGUGGUGCGGAACAGAAGGCCACAGAUGAUGAGACCUACAGGCUCACACAGCUCCUACCUGGUGCUGAGGGGCCAGAGUCUGGAUCUGGAGUGUAUCGUCCAGGGCGUCCCCACACCCUCUGUCCAGUGGGUGAGGAAGGAUGACGCGCUGUCUGAAUCUCGCACUUCCAAAGACAGCUUUGACAGGCUGCUGCAUUUCACCAGCAUCUCGGAGAAUGACGAUGGGGAAUACCAGUGCUCUGCCACCAACUCACAGGGCACCUCCACCCACACCUACUCCGUCACUGUGGAAGCUGCGCCAUACUGGACUAAGGAACCGGAUAGUGAACUGUAUGCACCAGGAGAGACCGUGAGACUGGAGUGUCAGGCAGACGGAAUCCCAGCCCCCCUGGUCACCUGGUGCAUCAACGGAAUCCCUCUCUCAGACAUCGACCCUGACCCCAGGCGUACUGUGACUGGGGGCGUCCUCAUCAUGAAGGAUGUGACACGCAGUGACACUGCAGUGUACCAGUGCAAGGCCGCCAACAUUCACGGCAACAUACUUGUGAACACCUACGUCCUUGUCAUAGAGCUUCCCCCGCAGAUCCUGACGGAGGAAGACCUGUCAUACCGGGCAGCGGAGGGACAGACGGUGGAGCUGCAGUGCCAGACCUUUGGCUCCCCCCGGCCCCGGGUCACAUGGGAGGGUGAGACCUGGGACUCUGUGAUGUCCAACCCUAGGAUGACUCAGCUAAGCAACGGCACUCUGGUGAUCAGGAGUGUGUCCCACAGCGACACAGGCCUGUACACCUGCUCCGUUAAUGAAGCCAAACUCACCAUUACUGCUGAGCUGGAAGUGCUCAACAGGACGCUGAUCGUGGAGCCACCCCAGGCUCUGCGCGUUCAGAGGGGGAAGGCGGCCACACUUACCUGCCAGUACCAGAUGGACAACACUCUGGGCCCACCACAGGUCCUGUGGAGGAAAAACCAGAAGAAGCUCACUGAGUCCUCCGACACAGACAAGUACAGGAUUUUAGAGUCUGAGCUCACAGUAAAUGACGUCGAGGAAGAGGACGAAGGUGUUUACACCUGUGAGGUCUUGACGAGUCUGGACAGGGCGGAUGCCAGCGGCUCCAUCACCGUCGUUGACAAGCCAGAUGCGCCAUCUCAGCUGCAGAUCUCCGAGGCCAGAGAACGCUCAGUCAUUCUCUCCUGGACUCCCGGAGAUGACCACAAAAGUCCCGUAUUUGAGUAUGUUGUGGAGUUUGACACAGGUGCUGACACAGAGCAGUGGGAGGAGCUUGCGCGUGUGUCUGGAGACACCCUACGUGCAUCUCUUUCCCUGAGACCCUUCUUCUCGUACCGGUUCCGGGUCAUCGCCAUCAAUGCUGUCGGCAAGAGCGACCCCAGCCUGCUCUCCGAAGCCUACCCCACGCCCGCUGAUCGGCCAGACAGCAACCCCGUAGGAGUGCAAAGCGAGUCCGAGGACCCAGACAACCUCGUCAUCACGUGGAAAGAGAUGGAUCGGAUGAGCUUCAACGGGCCGGGUUUCCGCUACAAGGUCAUGUGGAGAAAGGUGGUGGGCAGCGGACCCUCCUGGCACUUCGCCUUCACCACCUCGCCGCGCUACGUCGUCACCGACGUGGACCAUUUCACUGCUUUUGACAUCAAGGUGCAGGCCGUUAAUAACGUGGGAGAGGGGCCAGAACCCAGGUCCACCAUUGGCUACUCUGGAGAGGACUAUCCUCUGGAAUCUCCCCUGAAUGUGGGUGUGAUUCUUCUUAGCAGCACUGCCAUCAGGGUGACAUGGGCCCCAGUGGAAAGGAAGUCUGUGAGGGGGCAUCUGUUGGGCUACAAGAUCCACCUGUGGAACCACGGCCCAUGUGGAAGACACCAGCAGAAUCAGGUCGGGAGGGAGGACGCGUCCUUGAGCGCCGUCUACGAGACAACAGGAGCUGACGAGGAGAAGAAGGACCUGGGAGGCCUGCUGCCAUACUCCUGCUACUCCCUCACCGUGAAAGUGUUCAACAGCAGAGGAGCUGGACCAGACUCGGAGGCGCGCACCUUCCAGACCCCCGAGGGCGUUCCUGGUCCGCCCACGUCUCUGGUAUUGGUCAGCCCCUCUGAGAGAGAGAUGGCCCUGCACUGGACCACACCUGCCCAACCCAACGGGGUUCUGAUGGGAUACUUGGUGCAAUACCAGCAGCUCGAUAAUGCAUACAGUCCCAUGCAGGAGGAGAGGAUUGAUGACCCCACGGUGACCCAGCUGACCCUUAAAGAGCUGGACCCCCACAGCCGUUACCGCUUCUACCUGCGGGGCUUCACCGCUGCUGGGGAUGGCCUGCCCAUCACCCGGGAAGGAGCCACCAUCCUCGAUGGAGGUCCACCCCGGAACUUUAGUCUGUCUGUUGGAGAGACAUCAGUCAACCUAACCUGGGUUUCCCACGAGAGGCAAAGGAACGUGGGUUUCCACAUUCACUACCUACGGAAGAACGGCCGGGGGAGCUGGCAGCAUUCGGAGAAAGUGAACUCCACCCAGGCCUUCUACUCCCUGCACGGCCUGCAGCCUGGAUCCACCUACAUACUGCACUUCAUCUCCAGUAACGGAACCUUUUGGGAGACUGACAUACGGACCACGGGAGCAGGAGUGAUGGAGAUGCGAUCUGGCUUUGCUACUGAAGGCUGGUUCAUUGGACUCAUUAGCGCCCUCGUGCUGUUGUUGCUGGUAUUGCUCAUCCUCUGCUUCAUCAAGCGGAGCAAAGGCGGCAAGUACUCAGUCAAAGACAAGGAGGAGGGCCAGGUGGACUCGGAGGCCCGACCCAUGAAGGACGAGACGUUUGGGGAGUACAGAUCUCUAGAGAGUGAUAACGAGGAUAAAUGCACGGCCAGUCUCCCCUCUCUGUGCGAGGACAGCAAGCUCUGCAGCGACGGCGCCCUCGAGGACUACGGCAACAGCAACAGCAUCCAGACGGAGGUAAUUAUGGACGAGUCCCUGGCCAGUCAGCUCAGCAGCACCAGAGAAGCGCCCGAGGUGGAGCCCUAGGACAGCUUGCCCUUUCACCCCGCCCACCCUGCCACCGUCACGCCCACUGGCCACGGCACACCCCAUUCCGCCGUGGCCUCAGACUAGCCAGGCAGGGUAGGCCACACUUCCAAACUGGAUUCACCCAUGUGCCCACUAACACGUAUCUAAGUGACUGACUAUAUAAUGAGUAGAUGCAGUACAACAUCGGUAUGUACACUCAAAGCAAAUCCCAUGUAGUGGGACACCACAUACAAUUUUGGGACUGACAUUAGACAUAAUUUGAUCAACCGAUACAAUUCAGGCAUAGAUGGAGGGAAACACAAACGACUAGAAUAGUCUAGAAUAGACUAGACAAGCAACUGUACGGGUAGGAACCUCCCUGCAAACUGUUCAUAGAUAAUUCCUCUUUGUUUCUAAUAUGCCCUUCCAUAGUAGUUUACAGUACGGUGACUGAAAGAGUCACAGAAGAGCAGCAACUGCGAAACAAACAAAAGAUGACAAGCGCAUCAUCAUUUCAGGGACUAUAAACAUAACAAUGCCAGAAACAAAACCAAAUACGAAAUUCAGCUGAAACUGAAUGACACCACUAAGCUGUAAGUGACAACAUUAACGUUUGAGCUUGCUCAUGAUAGGUGCCCUCUACGCCACUAAAGUAACCAAUGAUAGCUAGCUAUGCAAAGUUAACAGCAUGUAAAAGUUAUGCUUUUUUUGUAAUAGUUUGCAAGCUGGGAAGACACUGUAGUGUCCACAAUUAUUCAUGCUAAGCAAAUAAUCCAUAUAUGGCUAACAACAUACUAGAUAGAUGAAAGAAAAUCCAAAAAAAUGUCUUGUUAAUGUUUGCAUAGAUUGACUGCAUUGAGAUCUUCAAAACACCAUUUAGUGGAAAUUAUGCAUGUAUGUUAUUUGUAGAACUUCACAUAUAUUUCUUUGUGCUGGAAAUGUCUGCAGUUAGUGGCCAUGAGCACGUUCACUGCUAGUGACCUUGGAGUCAGAGGUUUUGGGCAUGUUUAUUUUCGAGCGAAUGCUGUUGGGCAUGGCUUAAUAAUAACAUGUUGUCGCUUACUGGUUCAGUGCUACAAUCGUGUUGUCCCUUAAAACCACUGCCUGCCAUCUUUUGCUUGCUUCCCAGUUGCCGUUGUGUUGCAACUCUGCAGCCCAACAUAACACAGGCAUACACAGCUGUGCACAGGUACACACGGGUGACAGCUGGCUUGGCCUCCCAGUUUUCUGCCUGCAAAAAUGACCUACUGAAUGCCAGUGACUUUAUUAACGACAGAAUGACAAUUCAGCCACCAAGACACCCACGGUUAAUGCCAAAUACAGAACGCAGAAGGCAGUGCAGGAGGACUAAAGCAGAGGGAAACGAGGACCUUAAUGUCCUGAGCAGUGCAUUAUGCAGACGUAUGCCCAGUGCACACUGCAUAUGGGCUGCAUAGGUGGACUUAUUUAUUAUAUGUAGUAGUUGUUAUUUGCCAUUUCAGUGGGUUGCACUGGAAGACCGGUGCACUGCGUUCUUUUACAUUUUUUAUUUUACUUUAUUUUAAAAUGUUAUGCCUUUAUGUUUUCUUCUGUUUCCCAUAAUGUAUAUGUGAUUUUCUGAUUGGUUUUCUGCAUACCUCAAGAGCAAAUACACAGCCAGGUCCCCAUAGCCAAGCUAUAUACUGUAAAUAGAAAAGCUGCAAUGGUAUGUUAACAUGAGGUGCUUUAUAUCACGCUGUACGUAGUGGUAUCCAGCAGUCAGCCAACAGUAUUAGACAGCUGUCACAUCCAUCGGUCCCUGUGCCUGUCCACAUAACCGAUGUCACCAGAAAGUUACCUUUGUUCACCCCACCAUCGUACUCUAGCGUACUUAAUUUUGUGUAGCCCUCUAUACGUGUGUCUUUUUUAUUGUAAUCUGCGUAGUGUAUUAAACUGUGUGUACUGACAAAUCCUCUCUUGCAGUCCUGUUGGUGUAAAGCCAUAUGACUACACACUUCAAAAGUGUAAUGGGGUGUGAGGUAGUACUGAGUUUGAUGGGGUUGUGAGAGAGCACACCGCACACACACACACACACACACACACACACACACACCCUCAUGUACUCAUUGACAAAUUUGGUUUGGUUAUGUAAAAACAGUCAUAUAUGUAACUAUCGUGAUUCAUGUCAUACACGGAGAUUGUAUGCUUUGAAGGGGUGGAGAAUAUAAUCCCAUGCCAGAUAUACCAAAUAGCACUGGUUUCUAUUUCGUUGUGUGGCACGUACGUUUGGGUGAGCAGUGUUAUGUGAAAAUACAUGAGAAGAAAGACCUGAGGAGUCCAGUAAAAGUGAAGUGAAAGGAUAUACAGCAAGUCGUGUUCUUGUGCAGAAGCAGAGAUGGGCCAAAACCUCUGUUUUUAUCUGAAUGUAAAUAAAACCCAAAUGUUUGUUUUGUUAUGGCACUGAUUUGUAACAGUGUGUUCCGUCGAUUAUUCUGAGUUGUUGAUGUUUUAAUUCUGAACCUUUGACCUUUCGGCUAAAAUGUUAGUUGUGGUAUAACUGUUCUGGAUAACUAGUGAUUAGUUUUCAAAAACUUUAAAAAGAAAAAAAAAGCCAUCCUUUGAUAAUGUCUGAAUUAAAAAAAAAAAAAAAGAUAACAUAUUUUAUAAAAAAGAAAAAUAAAACAUUAAUGGCCAUUGACCUUAAAUUAAGCCAACCAUAAUAAGACUACUUUCCCCCCACAUUUCCAACUGUUUCCUGUUUGCUUGAGUUGCAGUAUGGUGUGUAUCUGUUACAAAGCAAUUCCUGAAAAAGCCAUGGGAAAAUCAGGGAUGCUCUAGUCUUGGCUGUACACUGCACACAUACACACAAAGGGAGAAUUUGCCAUGUGCUGACUCAAAUGAAUUGAAACCAGUGUGUCUGAGCCGUGGAGCGUUGGGGAUGGUGGGGUGUGGUCGACGGGACUGCUGCUUUUAAUAGGUUUUGUGUUAGCCUCCCUUGCUUAUGUUGUACAGAUACACUCAGGACAAAAUUCUCGUAAAGGUGUAUUUUCAUACAGGAGGAAUAUGUGGUGUGAACUAUGCCAAUAUCCCACUAAACUGCUGCUGGAUGUCUGUGUUGUUGGUGUCCGAGUGUGCGAUGGCCUUGGAGAGAAGAGUCAGUUUACAGAUAUUCACUAUACUGCUGUUUUACGUUUCAUGUUUAGGCGUUUCCGCGUGCAUCUCAGGCAGGGUGCAAGGUUACCUGAGUAGCACUAAAAUUGUUCAACUUUUUACUGUUGUACUCUAUGUAAUGUAGUUUUAAAUGAUGGCACAUCUUAAACAUGCUUAAGCUACUGUAAUUUUAGUUCUGAAGAGAUCCAGGGCUAGACAUCACUUGAUUAUUGAAAUAUUUUCAAUGUCACAUGUUCCCUUUGUUUGAUUGAAAUAAAUCAAAGGUUAUAGAAAUCUAAAAAAGAAUCAAAUAAAAAGCAAUGGGUCAGAAUGUGAGGAAUGACUGGAUGAGUGCACGAGAGCGUUGCAGUUGACUGUUAUGAUGAACGGCCAUGUCACUUUUCCAUCGUGUUUGUCCAUGACCGAGGGACGGAUAUGGGUGGGCCCGUACAAGUGGGCUUGACCUGGAAAACUAGUGUAUGUGAAUCAUGAAUCACCCACUGUAUUGUAAAUGCUUCAAAAAUAAAAUCAAUGGAGCAAUCAAUACCUAC